AUGAUCCCGACUGAAAAUGAAGAUAAGAAUGUCGGAGUGGAACUGGUAUUCCGGAAGCCGCGAGAUGUUACCGAUUUCGAGCUGGUCAAAACCAUUUGGGUGGAGCCUGAAAAAGGUUAGUUCGGUUUUAAUCAAUUGUAAAAUCAAUCUCCAACCCCAAAUUUUUAGGUCAGUUCGAUGUGUCCCUUCUCACUCAAAAACCAGACGAACCACUGACUCAAGCCCUUCCCUCUCAUUCCAUCGGCUCUUCUUGCUCCGAUCCAGAGCUCCAACUGCCCGAGGAUCUGCUUAACGAGCCACUGGAAGAUGACGUGUUCGAGGAUCCGGACGAGAAUGUGGAGACCGAUUUGCUGUUCCGACAGCCGAAGGAGACCGAAUUCGAGUUGAUUUACACUAUUCUCAAAGCGGAAAACCAUUUGGCGGAGAUUGAGCCGGAUGAGAAGAACGUGCGUGUGGAUCUGUGGUUCCGUGAGCCGAAUGAAACUUCUUUCCAACUCAUCUACACGAUUCCUUUGAUGGAAGAUGUCGCCGUGGCCGCCCCGGAAGACGUGUUUAUCGUUGAACGUAUUCCGCCAUCUGAAGAACUGGACAACGUGGUCGAGUCUGCCGAUUCUCCGGAUGACGUUCAUGUGACAGAAUUCACAUUCACUCCUAUCCAACAGACUUCUGGAGAUAAUGACGAGGAAACUGUGACGACAGAAGCCGUCACCAUCCUUGAGAAUCCAAGUUUUGACGAGGAAGGCGGAAGAGAACUCAUUGAAAAGGUGCAUUUGACUUCUGAUGACACGUUGGAUGAGGUCGAAGAUCCUAAGGAGGAAGAAGCAUUCCGGACUGCAUUUGUGAAGUCUGUCGAUACGCCGACGCCCGAAGAACAAGGAGAACGAGAAUUCAAGGAUUACGGAGAGGAAGUGGUGGAGCAGACACUGAAGGAAGCGGCCGAGAAAUUGGAGAAUAUCCGAAAAGAAUCCAGAGAAAGUAUGAAACAUUUCCAAAACAUCGAGACUCCAGAAGCCAACGAUUCUGAUUUGACAGAAGUUGAACCUCCAGAGGAGCCAGAAUGUAUCCCGAUCGCCGUGGAGAAGCUGGAAACUGAAGCCGAGGAAGGAGUUCGUGUCGAUGCUAAUCUUCCAAGAUCCGCAGGAGAAUUUGUUGCCGUCAACACAUCUGAAACGUUCAGGGAAAAUCAGAACCAUAAGGAGCCGACGCCAGAAGCCGUAAUUGAACACAAUGUGGAGAUCGUUGCUAAAGAUGGUGAAGCUGUGGAUGAAGUUGAAGAAAACAUUUCCUUCGACGUCCCUGAAGUUAGAGAAAUUGUGGAAAGAUUCUCUGCGGUAACCGAUGAUUCGCCUUCUGCUGAUGACGUGGAGAAGACUGAAGAUACUGAAAUGGAUGUUCACGAUGCCGUGGAGAAUCUUGUAGCGCAGGUUGAAGAGCCGCUUUUCGAAGCCGUCUCGACUCCCGAAGUGAUCGCCAACGAUACUUCUGCUAUGGAAACUGGUGCUGUUCAAGAAGUUGAAGACGCCGGACAAACUGAAGAGGUGCCUGAAGACAUUCCUGGUGUUACUGAAGAAAUCCAACGGGUGAAAAGAAACGACGUCGCUGCAGAUGCUCCUGAAACGUCAGAAGCCACGGAAAAUGCGUAUGUUGCUCCAGUUAUUCAAGAAACGGAAGUUCCAGAACCGAAGACCGAAGAAAGCAUCACAAAAACCACCAUCACUUCCUCCGAAACUCCCCAUAAAAUCACCGACGUGCACUUUUCCAUUCCGAAAGAUCAUCCGGAUUAUGGAAAUGACUAUGUUCCUUUUGGGACCGAAGUCAAAUUCUCAAAUUCAGAAGACGUCGAAGAGGAGGAAGAAGACGCGCUCGGCGAGUUGAACUUCCGUCCGAUUCGCCAGUGGAAGGAUGAAGACGUCAUUUCCCUUCAGUCCCUGAAGUCGCUGGUCGCUGAAGUUGGAUGCACCACUGAAACAGAAACACCCGAAGAAGUGGAGACGUUGAAGAUUCUGAAGGUGGUGCCGUCGGAACCAUCGCUCAUGGAACUCGACAUUUCGAACGAUCCGAACGUCAUCCACGUGCCGAUCCCGUUGUUGGAACCGGCGACAAAGUACUUGGAGGAGAUGGUCGAUUGGAUAAUUGCCGACGCGGUGAAGGAGGUGGCAGAGAGGGAAGUGGUCACGGAAUCGGAGCUCAGCGAGAUGGUGCCAGAGCCACUGGCCGACAUGAAGUUUCCCUUCGAAGACGAGGAAAAGACUCCGGAACCCGAGAAGCCUUCUGAAACUCCCACAGAAGUUCUAGAAGCUUCAGCUUCUUCAGAAGAAGAAGAAGAAGAACCUUCAAUUCCAUUGCCAACCAAAUUCACGCCCAUCGAAACGCCACAGCGUCCGCCGCGAGCUCCAAAGUCAAAAGUUCGUUUCGGCCCCCUGAGCAUCAAACUCGGCAGGAGCUACUCCGAAGAGCAGAAGGCGCUGGAAGAAAUGUUGGACAAACCGCUGGAAGUGAUCACUUCUUCAUCGCCUCCGAAAGUACCGGAAGAGGCGGCUCUCUCCCCUCUCUCGCCGAGUGUUCUUGAAGAAUACGAGCAUGUUCCGAUGAUGGAUAUGCGCUCGGUUCCGCAUUCUCCACAGGAGAAGAUUGAGGAUGAAAAGGAGAAGAAGGAGGUGAAGGUGCUCGAGAAGCCAGUGGAGACUAGAAUUCUGACGACUGCGAAUGUCGGAGACGAUGAAGACGAAGGGAGCGAGUGUCUCGAUUCGAUUGGAGACCUCAGCGAACGAACUAUUCAGAGAUUCAAUACUUCCAGUGAGCUCGUGUGCUCUCUUCACUUUAACCGUUUUUCAUUUUCACAUUCCAGACUUGAACCGUUAUCGAUUUUCACUAACUCUUUCCGUGUGACCUCCCCAUCUCCUCAUUCCAAUUCUCCGCCUUUUGCAGUCGACGAUCCAUCGUUUCGUCGUGACUCAUUCUCCUCCAUCUCCUCAUUCGGCGAUCGUCAAAAUUUCCGAACCGCCAUUGAGAACAUCCGACAAGACCUUCUUCCUUUCCAAUCUUCUGUUCGUAUCUUUCCUUUCCACUUUUCUCAUCUCUUUUCCACUCUAAUCCCGCAACAUUCUUUAUUCAUUUCAGGUUUCCCAAUACCUCGAGCCGUCCACUAAUCCCGUCCAACUAGUCGCCAAUUUAUCCAUGGACUCCCCGUCGGAUUUGUCGCCAAACGCGCCGCCGGUUGGCUUCGAGAACACGGCUCAAUUCCUGGAGAAACUGCAAGCGGAGGACCGCCCGUCGGCCGAAGGAUCCAUCGAUUCGAGCGGAUUCGAGAAAGUCGACCACGACGGACUCGACGACUACGUGCCGCCCGUCGCCGAUCCGAUGCAGCAGUCGGUGUUCGGAAGCCUUCAGGCCGAUGAUGUGGUGGGUUAUCCUCGAAAAAGAACUAUGUGGUUGGUGGUUGAUGUAGUUUUGUGAAUAUUGUGAUGAACAUUUCAUUUCAUUCGAUUUGCGUUCAGGAGCUGUGAAAAGUUGAAAGAGAGAUACUGGCUCUGCUUGAAAUCGUACUGCAGCAAUUUUUUUGAAAAAAAAACAUUCCCUAAUAUUUGCAUCUGAAUCAUUUCCAUUUACUAUCAAAGUUUUCCAAAGAAACUGAGAAAAGACGAGCUGCGUUCUUCUACUCUGCACCAUAAACUUUAUGGGCGUGCACUCUUCCCAAACGUUUUUGCACAUUUUUUUCGUUCCGCUGCUCUUUAUAAACGGCCUGAACGUUCAACGUACCAAUUUUCCUUUCAUCCAGAACAAUCCGGCGCGGUUCGCUCGACCACGCGUGUAAAAUCGGGCGGUCCCCGGGCGACCUAUAUGGUGAAACUGGAUAUUUGAGGUUUCGCGUCUCGAAUUUCCAAUUUCGGCACUAGUAAGGGCCCAUAUUUGACUACUAAAUACUAGAAAAGAUGACCAUGAUAUUCGGAGCUUCAUCGGUUAUAAUCCCCGAAAGCCAGGUGUCUAUUUUUCAACGUUUCACGUGAAUGCAACCGCGCUCUAUAGCAAACUGUGCAUGUUGUGAUGUGUUCCGUGUUCAGAAUUCUCAACGGGACCAGGCCGACGACGGAUUCGUGUUCAUCGAACGAAGUGAAACGCCAGCUGGAGAAAAGGUUUUCGUUGUUUUUUCGUGGGUCGGUUGUUGUCUCCCGUUUUUAUUAUUUUCAUUUUAUUCUCAACGUAGUGUCCGUGUGUUUGUCAAGUACACUUCCCCUCACCCCCGGUUUUAUCACAAGACCCAUUUGAAAUGAAAAAAAGCCAUCGAAUGAACGGGAAUAUAAAAGAUACGACCACUCUGCGGGGCUGAUUACUCACACUCUUUUUCUUCAUUUGUUAUCUUCGCGCGGUUCAGUGUGUGACCGAUCGUCGUACUUUGUGGCUAGUUAAGAGUUUUGCAGACGAAAUUCGAGUUUUCGGAAUCUGGAAGUUGAGAAUCUGCAGCUUUUAAGCUUAAUUUUCAGAUUCCGAGUCUCCGAUUACUCUGCAAAUUUUCUGCGCGCGCGCGUAAAUUGUUUUGACCUCAAAUGCCGCGGCGUCGCUCUCUCACUCGCUUCCGGUCAGUCGCUCUUUGCCAAUUUCGAAACACACGCCGACGCACACAAACACGACAAACUUAUAUUCCAUAACCAGCGCCCCCGGACACAUAUAAUUCGAAUCGAUUUGAAUAUUCCGGAAAUUUAUGUGCCUUUUCGCUUUUUCGCGCAAACGCCUUCAACUCUUUCUCCCUCGUGUCUCUCUCUCUCUCUCGAUCUUCGUCUUCUUCGCCCCAAUGUUCUCACUCGUUUCCCCUCCCAUUUUUGUGUUAUUUUGUCGUUUGAAAAGAAAAGAAAGCUCGCGAACACUGACAAACAAGCGUUCCACUCACUUUUCCCCCUUUUUUUGCGCCCGAAACAAUGCUUGUUUACUUUUGGCCGGAGGCUUUGAAACAUUUGUGCAGUUUCCGAUCACUUCUCGCACAAUCGCGAUUUCGAAAUAGGAAAAACAGUUUUACGGCUGAGUCACCCCCCGAACACCUUCGUUUCCAUUGCGAGAGAGAGAGAAAGGCGGAAAUCUCCGGAAAUUACACUUUUUCGUGUUUCCCUGUUGUCUCUAAUAUCCCUUACGCCAACGCCAACAGCUGGCCAUGAACCAGUGAAAUGUGAAGGAAAAAUAUGAGAAAAAGCGUAGAAAUUCGGUCGAUGCUCAUCACUGAUUUCAUGGUUUCUGCAAAAAUGAGACGUUCGAGAAUGUUUGCAAUGUCCGUUUUCCACGUCCGUUAAUUUUGAAAGGAGACACCAGAAAAAUAUUGAUGUCUUCUUUUUCGUCUUUUCUCCUCCCACCCCUCUUGUGUUUAUGUGUGUGUAGAGUACGACGAUGUUGAUACGUUUUCUCUCCAAUGCCAUAAUUUUUAUAUUUUCUCCUUUUUCAGAUGUCAUUUUCUCAUCGCGACGACGUCAUCGAGAAAAACUACGGUUUCGGCGAUGCGGACGCCGCCACCGCCAAACUUUUGGAGUCUCCGAUCGCCGAGGAGGCUCGCAAACUCGUCCAGGACGCUGUCGAGUCGGCGUCGGAGCUGUCAAAACACGUGGUGGAGGAUGCCGACGAGAUCGGAAAGGAAUUGUUGGACAGUGCUGAGCACAAGAUAAAAGAGGUCGAGAAGCCAGUGACCGACACGCUGCACAAGGCGUACGAUGGACUCGGUGACUUUGUUCAUGAUACUGUUCCGCAGGCAGUCGAGGACUUUGUCAAGGAUCAAAUUCCCGAGGAGCCGGCACACAAGGCGCCGAGCCCGAGACCAAUCACUCCGGAUCAGUUGGUCGACAUCCACGAGAGUGUCGAUCAGGUUCACGACGAAAUCGACCAUUUCUUGCGCGGACGCGAUCCGACACCACCAUUGGAAGCCGACGAAGAAGACGUUGCCGCCGAAAAGCCACACUUCGGAAACCAAACGCCGGAGGAGGACGAGACGACGUUCGACCGCAAGGGGCCGCUAACCAUUCCGGAAGAGGUCGAGAAGGCCGCCGCCGCGCACAACAAGAUCGAUGACGAUCUGGCCGAUUUCGAUCCGCUGAUCACUUCGAACACUGGAGCCGCUUUCGGCGCUGCCGUCGGAGAGGCACUGACGGAGGACGAGAUUUUCGGGCAUCAGAAGUUUGAGACGGUGCCACGUCCACCGACUCCGCCCAAGGAUAUCAGCGAUGAGGAUGUGAAGCCGUCCACUGUCAACUUGGGACCGGCUCAUCAUCAUUGUAAGUCUAAUUUAUCAUUUUCCACAAUAAUGUUUUUUGCAGCGCACCCAUCGUCACCGCAUCACUCGAUUCUGAAGCAUCACGGAGAGCCGUGGGUCGACUUCAAGACGAUUCCGCCAUGUGGUAAGAGUUUGGUGUGGAAUUCGAAAUGAGACAAAGAGGGUAUAACGCUCUCUUUUCGCGGCAACCCAAUUGUGCUUUUCCCGAAGAGGGCUUGUGCUCACUGGCCGCUGGUUAGCUGGCUCGCCGCCAAAUUGUGGUGAUGGUGGUGGUGGAGCAGUAGGCAGAAGCACACACAACAAGAAUAAUAGGGGUUGGCGAGGAAGCACGGGUGGAAUAGAAACGGGCGGAGAAAGCAGACGAAGGGCAGCUCAAUUUGGUGCACAUACGACUCCAAACCGGGAGGGAAGGGACCCCAUCGGUCGAUACGAUGCGCGAAAAUAGACGGACGUCGGGCGGAGGGGGCAGACGCCAGGGUGUGGUCACAUGGUCCGUCGGAAGGGAAGCUCUGGAGAGAGAGAGACGUCGACAACAACGACCAGUACUGCGAAAUGGACGGCCGAAAGCCCACCCAUAUUUGUGCGCGUGGAGCACGUGCUUCAUCUUCUUCUUCAGGGUCUCAUGUUGUUGUUUCUUUUCGUCGUUCCCUGUCUGCGGGCGCAGUAUUGAACUAAUUUGUUUUUCAGGCCUGUGCACGAAGAUGUACUUUAGCGAGAAUUCCAUAGACACAUUAGAUUCAUCUGACUAUGAGAUUACAUGAGAACGAAUGAAGUACAUUUACCAUUAUUUUUUAAUAAGCUUGCUUUCAAAACUCGCUCCCAAAAGCCUCUUGUUCUCUACUAAAAUCUAAUUCGCGCCAAGACCUGCCUCCAACAUUUGUACAUGCGCCUUUAAACACCAACCCUCCAUUGUCCCGCCAAGUUGACCCAAACUUUGCCGUUUUUCUCCAUUUUUUUUAAGUAUCCGCGUAGUUUUCGCCUCUUUCACGCUUUCUCCAUUCUCUUAUUCAAUUGCGUUUCUGCACAGAAGCAUCAGCGGCUUACUGGCGAAACAAAAGAAGGAAUGUUGUGGUUAGCGUCAUUGCACCAAUGUUGCGAAAUAGUACAGUGAAGCGCGGAGAGAGACAGCCAAUUCGAAUUUGAAUUUUGGCGCGCUAUUCGCUUCGCCCUUCGAUGCGGACAACGCUCAAUUCCAUUUCAUCAUUCCCAAUGUGUUGUCUCCUCCUGCUUCUUUCCUAUUUGAGCUCCUGAGCUCUUUCUAUCCGGCGAGUAGCGCUAAUCCGAAAAUUGCGUCCCAUGGAGAGCCGUGCAGUUAUCUAUAUCCGUGUUCCCAUAAUUAUUAUUCACCUCGGUGGGCUCGACGCAGGCGCCUUUCACUCUGAUUAGACCUAAUUCAGCGUCCAAUUUCACAAUUCGCGCUCACUUGUUUACCAUUUCUUACUUUUGUGUUGAACACGGCAAUUUCUGGUUUCUGUUCACCCCACAAACCUCGUGCCUUUCUGACUGUUUUUAAUCAGUCGUCACUUUCUCCUCCCACCAAACUGACUAUCAUUUUUCUCGGUCACUAUUCGGCCCAAUCACUUUAUUCUGGCUCAAACUCGCCAAUCGCGCGCGCUCUCUGCGGCACGCCUAAUUAUUCAUGAACCCAAUCGCUCCCGGGCGGGCAUGUGACCAUAAUUGACUAUGGAAAGGGGAAAGGAAAAGGCACGUGCAUUCAUUUCGCAACAUUCUACCAGUUUUAUUAUGAUUCUGGUUGAAAUACCGGCAAGAAGGUCAGCCAUCCGACAAUGGAAAGUUGCGCUGGUUUUCAUUCGUUUAGCCUGAAAUCUCCUGUCACCUUCUGCUUUAUAAUGAUAAUUUUGAAUUGGCAAAUUUUGUGCCAUAAUUGUGCGGAAUCUCUUUCUUUCCAAAAAAAAGUAGUUGCUUAGAACCCCGGUAGUUUAUGAGUGAUUGUAGUUUUCGCAACAUUUUCUAUUGUUGCAAAAGUUUGGCACUAUCCCCUAGAGAUGUGAUGUUCUCGAUCUUCGUUUAUCCUUUUCCGUGCGUUUCUCUUUUUCGUGUUGUUUUCCUUUCUCUCUCCUUCUCUCGUUUCUAUCUCUCGUUAUCGCUCGCCUAUCUCCUGUUCUUCACGUGAAACAUUGUGUCGCACACAGAACCCUCCGCAAGUGAACAAAGAAGAAAACGAAGCGAUGAGUAAGCUGGGAGCGAUUGGACGCGGAGUGUACGCGCUCGUUGCGUUCGCCGUCAACAUUGUACUUCGUGUUGGACUCCACGUGGCACUCGUCGCCGGAGUCGCCGUCAGUGUUCACGAGGCGUACAAAUUUUCAAAGAACUCUGGAGUUCUUCAGCGAAAAGAGGGUACGGAUUCAAGUUGGGGUGCAUUGGACUGGGUUUCCAAAAAAUGAGAUUUAUGAAUAGAACUGUUUGGACGAAUUUUCUCAACCUCGCUUUUAUGUCAGCAAGAAAAUAUUCACAGAAGUGAUCUAUUAAUUCUAUGAGGACACUCCGCAUCACUAGUUUGAUAGGGGAAAUUAAGGGAGAUAGAGUAGGUCAGUACGGAUUUAUGAGAGGUGGUUUUUAUUCAAUCUGGCCUUACUAUUAGCUAUUGGCUGUACGGAGGAAGUAGUUAGUGGUCGUCUCGGGACCUGGUCGUAUAGAUAAAAAAAGAUAUCGACAUACUAUACGGCGAGAGAGAGAAAACGCCGAAGACGCCGAGAGCAGCAGCAACAGCCUUGUUGCGUUGCGCGCGGUCCUCACGGCAGUUGGAGGUCUCGAAAACUGCAAAUGUAGGGAGACAGCGUUGCGAUCCGAGAGACGCCGACCGUGCGCUCGCUGAGAUAGUUUUUGUUGCGCGGAGGGCGAUGGACGGCUGGCGAGAUCGGUUGCCGAUUACGGUGGUGACCGCAGAGGAGAGACGGGGUGGAGACAAAUACGCGUCGGCCGUUCGAUCGCGUCUCGUCGCCGUCACUUUCUCGUGCUACAGCAAGCAACGCGCUCAGUCUUUCUCCGUCUUCAAUUCGUUGGUCUGUGUUGGCUCUCGUCCAAAAAUGGCUCAAACUCGUUUCAACAAUAGAAAGACGUCAAAGCAGGCCGUGUGGGUGCCCGCCACCGAUUUCCCUGGAAAGAGUAAGUGCUGAUAGGUUGGGUGGGAUCGGGCCGCGGCGGCAGCGGCUCUGAGAAGGAGGAGCUCCCAGCGGGAGGAAAACAGGUGUUGGCUCUUACUCCCACUCGUUCUUUUCCUCCUCUUCCACCUCCUGCAACUACCGCUAAAUUUUUGUUUGUUCGUUUCGUUUCGAAAGCGUCUCCUUGAAACACGUGUCAUCUCGAUCGAUUUCUGUUCAGUCCUCAUCCCGAAAAUGGCGAGUUGUCAAUGUCAAAAAGGCGAGUACUCUCUGUUCGGUUCGCUGUUUGAUUGUCUAUCUUAUCAGUGGAAAAAAAAACCGGGAAAAUGACACCCUGACGGGUAAAGUGUCCAUCAGAUGGACGAUGAGUUGGAAUUUGUUCAGGGAAUCCUACAUUUUCUCAGAAAAAAUGGGAUUGCAAAUAAAAUAUCGGGAAACGCUUGAAAGGUCUGGGAAACUAAAUCAACUUUCAAUCAUUUUUUUCAGUCUUGGACGUGAUCUACUGGCGUGACGCCAAGAAGUCGGCCGUCGUGCUCUCGCUGGUCCUUCUCGCUCUCUUCAUCCUCGCCAAGUAUCCACUGCUCACCGUCAUCACCUACACGCUUCUCGGAGCUCUCGUUGCUGCCGCUGGAUUCCGGUAAGUUGACGAACGAACUCACGGAGGCUACAACCCUGAAUGAGUGGCAUUUUCAGCGUGUUCAAGAAGGUCGAGUCGCAAAUCAAGAAGACCGAUGCCGAACAUCCGUUCUCAGAGAUUCUGGCCAAGGAUCUGUCGCUUCCACAGGAGAAGGUUCACGCCCAGGCCGAUGUGUUCGUCGAGCACGCCACUUCCUCCGCCAACACCCUCAAGAAGCUCGUGUUCGUCGAGAAUCCGUUCGAGUCUAUCAAGUUCGGACUUGUCCUCUGGUCUCUGACCUACAUCGCCUCGUGGUUCUCCGGAUUCACCCUCGCCAUCCUCGCCGUCCUCGGAGUCUUCUCGGUGCCAAAGGUCUACGAGUCUAACCAGGAGGCCAUCGACCCUCAUCUCGCCACCAUCUCUGGACACCUCAAGAAUGUGCAGAACUUGUAAGUGUUUUUGAAAGACUUUUUUUAUAACUCGAAUCUGAAGAAUUAAUUCGAAUACUUCGCAGUUAGAGAUGACAAUUGAUUGUUCGCUUUUUCAGGAUCGACGAGAAACUUCCAUUCCUUCGCAGCGCACCAGUCGCACCCGAGGAGAAGAAGGAUCAGUAA